AUUAGAGAUGAGAAAAUGAAAAGUUAUACAACUUAAUAGAAAAUGUUGGAUAUAUUAGGUAUGUGCACUAAAUAAUAUUAUAUUGAGAGAGCACAGGACACCACGAGCUCCAUAGAACAAACGCCAACAAUAAAUUGAGCAUUUCAGAUUAGGUUCCCACACACACUCUCUAUCUCUGCUCUUGUGAGUUGCGGCUAGGGUUUUUCUCUCUCUCCUCUCCUUCUCUCCUUCUCUAACCCCUAAAGAUUCAAUCUUUCAGAUCUGUUUCUCUCUAUAAUCUCGAAAGCAUCUAUAUCUCAAUACAUAAAUGGAUAUAUUGGUAAGGUAGGGUCUCUCUGUCGUCUUUGACAGCAAGAAUCUCAAGAAGUUAGGGUUUCUGUGGUGGGUAUAUUGUGAAAAUGGCGACCAUGAACCCAUUUGAUUUGUUGGGUGACGAUGAUGCCGAGGACCCGUCGCAGCUACUCGCAGCCCAGCAACAGAAACUGGCUGCGGCACCCAAGAAGGCUCUUCCGGCUCAGAACAAGUCGGGGGCUCAGGGUCAAGAGACCAAGCCGGCUAAGCUGCCUUCCAAGCCUGCACCUCCUGCUCAGGCUGUGAGGGAAGCAAGGAAUGAAGCUGGUGGAGGUCGUGGAGGUGGACGUGGACGUGGAUAUGGAUAUAGCCGUGGACGCGGUGGUGGUGGGUACAAUCGUGAAUCACCCAAUAAUGAAAACACAUUCACCAACAGUGGAGCACCUGCCGGCCAAGGUGCUUUUGAAGAUGGUGAUGGAAAUCAGUCUGAAAGGCGUGGCUAUGGUGGACCUCGUGGCCCUUACCGUGGUGGUCGCCGCGGUGGUUUCGGAAAUGGGGAAGUCAGUGACGGGGAACGCCCUCGCAGGGUAUUUGAACGUCGUAGCGGAACUGGGCGCGGAAGUGAAAUCAAACGUGAGGGUUCUGGUCGUGGCAACUGGGGAUCAGAAACAGAUGAACUUUCACAGGUGAUCGAAGAAGUUGCCAAUGUAACUGAAAGGAAUUUGGGUGAUGAGAAGCCUGUGGGAGAGGUAGAUGCAGCAGAUGGAAACAAGGAGACACCUGCUAAUGAACCGGAAGAAAAGGAACCUGAGGAUAAGGAAAUGACUCUUGAAGAGUAUGAGAAGGUGCUCGAAGAGAAGAGGAAAGCCCUGCAGGCACUUAAGACUUCUGAGGAAAGAAAGGUUGACACUAAGGAAUUUGCAUCUUUGCAACAGCUAUCAAACAAGAAGGGCAAUGAUGAUAUCUUCAUUAAAUUGGGCUCUGACAAGGAUAAGAAGAAAGAGGCUGCUGAGAAGGAAGAAAAGUCCAAAAAGUCUGUCAGCAUCAAUGAGUUCUUAAAGCCUGCUGAAGGAGAAAGGUUCUACAACCCAGGUGGGCGUGGCCGAGGGCGUGGUCGUGGUCCCAGGGGAGGGUUUAGCAACAACUACUCUCACGGCAGCGCUGCAGCACCAUCCAUUGAAGAUCCUGGGCAGUUCCCAACCUUGGGGGCCAAGUGAGAUUCUUAAGAACCCGACUUACAGUCUCGAUGACAUUCGAUUUUUGGGUUCUUUCCUUUCGUCUGAUGCAGGAAAUUGACUAGAAUAAUUGGAUUUCCUGUAUUAAUUUUUUUUUUUAAAAAUUUAUGACUUAAAAUUGUAAAUUUCAGUUUCAUAUGUACCCCCUAGUAGUUUUUGUUUUCUUUUUUUCUUUUUCUAUCCUUAUGCAAUGUUACUGAUUUUCUGACUUUGGGGCAUGUGAAAGGAUUUAUUCGUUACCAGAUAUAAUCCUUGACAAGUUUUGUUUUCAAUACAUGUUCGACUCUUUUUCGUU